UCUCAAUCUUGACCCUCGUCCUGGUUUUAUCACCUGUCUUUUGUUUUAUUAAGCUCCACAAAAACGCAGCCCCAACCUGGUCAGUUGACAAGAAAACACAACUGUUGGCUCUAUUAUGAUGCCUUUAACAGCUGCUAUUCAAAGGUAGGACCCAUCAGGACUUACCUGUAGAGACAAUGCUCGCGUAAAUGCCGGGGUCACAAGCGUUUCCUUCCUACAGUGAGCAGUCCGUUUCCACGCAGCGCUUUUUACUGAAUGGGAGCAUCAUGUGAAACUUGAGGCGUCCGGCGUCAGGCUUUCUGCGCGGACGCCGCACGCACCGCUGCAGCAGGACGCAGCGAGAGGGACAUUUCAUUCCUCUGGUGCCUGGCUCUCUGUGCUAGUAUUUGCUUUGAGUCAGCACUGAGAGUGAUGCGCGCAUGGAGGACAUGAUUCGGGACGUUCUUUGCUUUGUGUUGGUGAGAUAUGGAGACCAGACGCGCUCUGGAUGGACCCUGCGCUGUGAAGUUUGCGUGCAAGCGGUGAGACAUUUGUUUUUAUAGGUCAUGUCAAGCCCUAGCAUCUGUGGAAGGGUCAACGACAGACAGUUUGUGCAUUUUAUCCCAGAGGAGAUGUAGCAGGACUCUUCAGUAUGACAUGAACCUCAGUCCCUCAGCCUAGACGUCUUCAGGGAUGGAUCUCGUGAACUUCACGACCGUCAUAGACAAUGGCUUCUUAGAUGAGAUGCCAUCAAGUCGUGUGCUGACCGGCUGCUUCCUCUCAUUGCUCAUCCUUACCACGCUGUUGGGAAACACACUGGUUUGUGCAGCCGUCACCAAGUUUCGUCACCUGCGCUCCAAAGUCACCAACUUCUUUGUGAUCUCGUUGGCUGUGAGCGACCUCUUGGUGGCCAUCUUGGUGAUGCCGUGGAAAGCAGUGACAGAGAUCGCGGGCUUCUGGCCAUUUGGUUCCUUCUGUGACACCUGGGUGGCUUUUGACAUCAUGUGCUCAACGGCAUCCAUUUUGAACCUUUGUGUGAUAAGUCUAGACCGCUACUGGGCCAUCUCCAGCCCCUUUCGCUAUGAGAGGAAGAUGACACCCAGAGUGGCCUAUGUUAUGAUCAGCGUAGCGUGGACAUUGUCUGUCCUCAUUUCUUUUAUCCCUGUGCAGCUCAACUGGCACAAAGCCCAGAGUAAACCUUACAAGCCGCUCACGGAGUCAUUAGUGUCACUUGGAUCAAACACUACUUCACUCCGCACCUCUGAAAAUUGUGACUCCAGCCUGAACAGGACCUACGCCAUCUCCACGUCUCUCAUAAGCUUCUAUAUCCCUGUUGCUAUAAUGGUUGCCACAUACACACAGAUUUACCGCAUUGCUCACAGACAAAUCAGAAGGAUCUCUGCCCUUGAGCGUGCCGCAGAGAGUGCCAAGAACAGGCACAACAGUUUGGGCAGAGGCUCCAGCAUCGCAGAGUCGGAGAGCUCUUUCAAAAUGACGUUCAAGAGGGAGACAAAGGUGCUGAAGACACUGUCGGUGAUAAUGGGAGUGUUUGUGUGCUGCUGGCUGCCAUUUUUCAUCCUAAACUGCAUGGUGCCCUUCUGCGAGCAGUCGAGCGGAGGAGAGGCCUUCACUUGCAUAAGCUCCACCACCUUUGACGUGUUCGUGUGGUUCGGUUGGGCUAACUCCUCCCUUAAUCCCAUCAUCUAUGCCUUCAAUGCAGAUUUCCGCAAGGCCUUCUCCAUCCUGCUGGGCUGCCACAGACUGUAUCCAGGAGGCCACAACGUAGAGACGGCCAGUCUAAACAAGAAGUGACUCAUGACUCUCCCAGCACUGACUCAUCCCUUUAUUCCAGGAGUCCAGGAGUUUAAUGUGCAUCUGGCCUGGCUGAAGAGAGGACGCUUCUGUCUGUGCUUCUGAGCUAACGCUUAGUUUGACUGAAUGGUACUGUGAUACUAUGUGUACACACGUUUGCAUUGGGUGAGUGCGACCCUGAUGUGCUUUCUGUGGCUGUUACACAACCUUCAGAAGUGAGAAUCAUGUCUGGGAAUGGAGUGGAUUUGGGAUUGAGAUUAAGAUUUUGCUGGUUGUGCCAGGGGUCUGGAUGUGUACCAGUACUGACAUGGUUCCAGAACAGAUAAUCCACAGAACUGGGCAUCCUGCACUGUGUUAGGCAUUGCUGUCCUACCUUAAAAGAUCAUACUCUACAGUAAACAGGGUCAAGGCAUCCUCCGCUGAAUACGGUGCAACUGCUGCACAACUCGUGCACUUUACCAAAUUACAUGACAAUUCACAGAUUACUGUCACACAUGAGAUUAAAAUUCUCUGCAAGGACCGAGGUAAUGCAUCUAACCAAAUGUAUGUUGUAAGUGCAGGAACACAAUACACCCACAAGUGACUUAAUAUUAUAGACAAAAUGCACAACAGAGUGGAUGAAACUUUUGUUUUAUGUGACAGUUCUCUAAAGGGAAAAACAGGUUUAAAUUUAUUUUACAUGUAACAUGUAGGUGUGACAAUAUACUAGACUAGUAGGAUUUUCCUUUACAUCUGCCAGUUGUUGGAAUAUUAUAGAUACAGAUCUAUUGAAUGCAUACCUAAUAACAGCUUGAAAUCAAGAUGCAUCAUGAAAUUGGCUGGGGAUGGUGACUGAAAUCCUACAGUUUUCAACUCAAUCGACCAAUCUUUUUCCAUUCAAUAAACACACUAUUAUAAAAGCACUGCAAGGUCUCAAUAUAAACAACACUCUGCAACGUGGAAGCUAAUACUGCAGGAAAAAUACUCAAAGUUAGCUAUUUUGCCUUUAUUUGUAGGGUGUUUAAAACGAAAGAAAAUUUAAAGGCAACUGCAUGUCCUGUAUUUGAGACAUGUCAGCAUUUUAAUCAUUUUAGUAAAGGAAAUAAGGGUUUACAUUUUCCCUAAUAUACACAUGGAGACUGCUGUUUUGGUAAUGCUACCUGAUCUAAACCAUUAUAAUCGCUAAUUGCAGUUUAAAAGGUCACCUUGAUAAUAAUUGUGUCUUUUACAGCCACUGCUCUCUUCUCUUAAUGUUAAUACUUACUGACAGAUCAGGGCAGGAAGGCUAGAAAAAAAUCUUAAAGAAAAAAAUCAGAGAUCUGAAAAAGUUUGCCAAAUUCUGAUCUGUGAAUUUCAUUAUGACAUAAUGAAAAGGUUAAACUGCUUCUUCUAAGCAGCUAAAGGUUUAAGGUCCCUUAAAAUGUAAAACAUUAUUUGUUUCAAUAAAGAAAAACAGGCACCCUAAUAAAGAAAAUAUUCACUAAGCUAUUAACCAUUGUUUAUGAGAUCAGUUGGACUUCAAAUCGAGAGUAUGCCUACUAUUAUACACUUGCAGUCAGAAUUUCACAUGUAUUCAUCAUCAGCAUGAAUGUCAUUCUCAUUUUGGGCUUUUAAAGAUAACUUGACAAAUACUUUCAGAGUUUUCUUUUGUGCUAACAGUCAAAACUAUACAUAUGGUGCUGAAAUACAUAUGUACAUUUAGCUAAAUUUUGAUCCCAAGGCUUGUUAACUUCUCAUUGGUAACUGUGGAUGAAAGCAGCUGAUAUUUUCUUUUUGACCAUUAUAGACAUUAUUUAUUUUAAAGCAUUUACGGGGUUAACCAAUACGAAAGACCCAAGAGAUAGGAUUGCCACUACUAUGUUCUAAAAAAACCCCAAAACGUUUAACCUUUAGAUGAAAAAAAAUUUGUUUAUGAGGUUCAGAAUCAACUUAGGAACCGCCAAGGCCCAAUCAUACCGUAAGCGGAAAGAUGUUGGAGAAAAUUUAUCACUGUCUGUAUUACGUCAUCACGGACUGAGAGGGAGCCGACCAAAUAGGAUUGCUGUGCUCUGAAAUUGACACCUUGAAACUUGACUGAAACUUGUAGCUAAAAUGCCUACAGGAAAAAGGUUUACAGUCAGACAAAAACAAGAUUGAGCUAUUUGGCCACAUUAACAAGUGCUAUGUCUGGAAGAGUCAAUGUAAUGCUUUCAAACCUAUGAACACUACCAGGUGCCAAGCAUGGUAGUGGUACCCUCCUGUGGGACUGUUUUUCUGCUGGUAGUACUGGUGCAACAGUGGUGGAUGAAAUAAUGAAGAAGGACUGCCUCCAAACUUUUCAACUUCACAAAAACCUAUCUCUAAAUGACUGAAACUUUGAUACAAUUAGAUGUUUGAAAGGAUUAAUAAUCUUAAAAAUACAUCAGAACAAGUUUUGAAAUGGAUGAAGCAGGCUAACAAACUUCUUAAAUGGUCUUCCAAAAGCCCAGAUCUCAGCUUUCAUAAGAGGAUUCUUGACACGUAAACCCACCAGUUAAAAUGAACUCUACCAAUUUAGCUAAAAAUAGUGAUGAAAAAUGCUGCUCAGUUUUCACCAGAAACCUUGCAGAAAAUCCAUUAGAGAUUGAACCUGAAUUUUGUCAGCACAACAGGAUAUGCACUGGAUUAGUGCUCAUUUAAUAAUUAUACAUAUUUACGUCCUGUUAUGAUUACAUUUUGUGAACCUUUGCUUCAUUGUGCGAGCAAGUCAGAUUUGAAAUUAUUUUCUAAGUUUGUCUUUAUUUAAAUUCUAACUGAGACAAGAAAGCCGUAUAGCACAUCAUUCAGCUGUUUGAAGCUGUGGAAAGUACAGGAGCAGCAGGAGUAAAGCCUUUAAAAAUGUCUACAUAUAAACAGCAACUUACUUUUCUUUCUAAGAAAGCACAUAUACCUAUGUGUUACAAUAAGAGCAAAUACAUUUGAUAAAUUCUUACUUUGAUAGGCGUUACUGCUGCAUGUGAAGCUGUAGCAGUGAAGUUCUUUUUUAAGGAUUACCAGGUUUUUUAUUACUACAAACAAUAGCCAAAGCUGACAAAUCUGAAUGAAUUGGAAAGAACCUGAGCAUUUGUGAUUCCACUAUUACUUUCUCUUGGAAAUCAUAUCAUCAGUGAGCUGCAUCUCUCUUUACACGUUCACAUAAUGCAAACGUGACCAUGUUAUCUCUUUGCAAAGGGAAUAAAAAGUAUGUAUAACUAUUAGGAGGCAGAGUUUUAGUGUGCGUGAAUUUUGUCAGCACUCUGCUGUUUCUGUCAAAUGUCCAUAAACAUGCUUCUUAUGUUAAAUGUUGGUUCUAAAUUCAGUCAUUUUUUAAAUUGAGCAUUACAACUAAAAUUGAUUUACAGCUGAAAAUUUAAACCAAUUUUAAUGUGUUCUGUAUUUUUGCCUGAAUGUUGGUUCUGGUUGUUUUCUAUCUUCAGGUUUCCGUUUAGAUUUGGAAAGAUCUCAUCUUGUUCUGGUAACAAGGAUAAAGACAUUUGAAAAUUUCCCCCAGUGUCUCUUUGCGAUAAAGCCCAAACAAAUGUUUAGUGAAUUUUUUAAUGUAGAAGUUAUUUUCAUCAGAUCCAAUGUGUUGUAUGUGUUUUUGGCUGUUCAGCUUUGAUCCCUUUAUUUCAAAUGUCCCGGGGCUAACUUCACACCAAUGUCCAAAGAAUAAAACCUAAUGGGAGCAGCUGUGUUUCAUAUCUACCAUCUCAUACAAUUCUGGUGUACUUGUGUCUGUUUAAUCUGGUGAUGUAUUUCCAUCAUUAGCAAAGUGAAGUGCCCUCAUCUGGUCCUGUGAACAGCUGGCAAUAAUAAAGCCGUGCAACUAUUGUGGCGCCACUAGA